CAUUUUCAUAGGGUUAUUAUUAGCAGGGCUACAAAUUUAAAUGGUAUUUUUAGGCUUGGAACAUUAUUUCAAAUAAAAUGGGCAUUGUAAAACUAUUGAUGUUUUACAAUGCGAGUUGUCACUGAAGGUUCCACGUGGCUCGUGCUUCAUUUAGCGGAGGGGCACAAGAAUCGUCAUACCCGUCCACGUAGUGGGACAAGAAAGGAAGAGAGCUGGUGACAGCACGACUGAGUUGCUCUGGGGAUUUCAGUAAAAAGUGCAAAUCAACACCCGACAUAGAACGCUACGGCAAGUUGAAAUAUUUUAAGUGUGGCGGCUGACGGCAUCUACGUUCGUGCUCUCGUUGAAAACACAUGUUUGCCGUAAACGCGGCAUUUGUGUGGUCCCCAUUGGUUUUGAACUGAUCUUGUUUUUUUAAGGUCGUAACUCUUAACUACUGCUUUGUAUUGAAGUGGUGUAUUGAUGCAAUUGUAUUCAUCACUUCAAGGAAAUAAUUUACCUAUGGGCGGCUUUUAAUUAUAUUCUAAUACAAUGGAACUUAAGAAUUGAGUCGCAACUACUGAAAAUCGCUAAUGGGUGACACGUCUAUAAACCAUGAAACACCAAAUUCUCCAUUGACUGGGUUUGUUCAUUCGUUCGCGCUUGCGCAGUUAUGUAAAUACAGGUUUGUGGAAUGAGUCGAGACUGAGGAAGUGUAUGCUACGUUGGAGUGUUCCGAUUUGUCUGAAUAGCGUUUCUUUUCUCUUCAAAUUAACAAUGGCAACACCUGAUCUCCGGACUGAGUUGGUUAAGUAUUUGGAAAGUCUGAAUAUCCAGACGGUCUGCGUAGACCAUCCACCGGUAUUCACUGUGGAAGAGAUGAUGCCUCACCUGCAAGACCUCAGUGGAGCAGUUACUAAGAACCUCUUCCUGAAAGACAAGAAGAAGAAGGGCCUGUGGCUCGUCUCUGUCCGCCAUGACCGUCCAGUCAACCUCAACGACCUGGCUAAGAAGCUAGGCUUGGGUAGCGGCAACCUCCGCUUUGCUGAGGAGGCAGCCAUGUUGGAGAAACUGAAGGUGGGCCAAGGCUGUGCCACUGCCCUGGCACUCUUCUGCGAUAAGGACCAGAGCGUCAAGGUUGUCCUGGACAGCGACCUGGUCAACGGAGGCCAUGAGCGAGUUUACUUCCAUCCCAUGACCAAUGCUGGCUCUAUGGGACUAAAGCCAGAGGAUCUCUUGAAGUUUUUAAAGGAGACAGGACAUGAACCAGUUCUUCAGAGCUUUGACUAGUAAAUACCUUGAAAUUAACAUACUUACUAUCCUGUCAGGCUGUGCUUUGGCUUGGUACAAUGAUUUAUUUAAAAGUUAUUUACCUUUGUGCCUGUACUUCGGGUUAUCAAGAAAUGUAAAAAAAAUAAAAAUAAUUGUCAAACAUUUGGGACAGAACAAGGGAUGGAGAGUCCUUGUUUUCUAUGGGCAAGAGACCAGUAGAUAGUUGGUUAUAUCAUGUACAUGGUUGAAAGACAAUGUAGUAGUGAUUUAUGGCGUUUGCAUUGUAUCUCCAUCUGCGAGAUCUAGUCAUUUACACUGUUUUGAUACUAAAUACUGCAGUGUAAUAAAGCAGAUGAUGAAACAUUGA